UCUUUUCAUCAAAAGGCACUAGCAUGACAGAAAUGAUAUUUUGGAUACUUACGAUACUCUGCGUUGUUCGAUCAUGUAUGGCAGUGACGGUAAUGAUAGACGGGAAGGAGUUGGAUUGCGAAAAAAAUUGUACGUGUUGUAAGAGAGGAACAACAUGUAGAUAUGAUAACGUUUGUACAGGCGGAUGUGUAGCAACCAUAUCUGGUCAUAGAUGUCGUCACUCUUGUCCCGAAAACUGCUACACGUGCGAAUAUAAUUACGGCCAAAUAUGUCACACCUGUAAAGAUACAUUUUAUGAUAACACCAGUUCGUGUAGCAAGAGCUGUUCUGUCGGAUGCAACAAUGCAACCUGUAAUGACGAUGGGACAUGUGACCCAUGUCAAGCAAAUUUCGAAGGGCCUAGAUGCACUACAUGUAUACAAGGAAAAUAUGGUCCUGAUUGUAUUUUAAACUGCUCAAAUCAGAAAUGCCGAUGUACGAUUGACAGAGAUUGCAUUUCCUGUAAAAAGGGAUUCUAUGAGAGCAGCACCUUCUGUCAAAAAUCUUGUUCCAUUGGAUGUCAAAAUCAAUCUUGUAAUGACGAUGGAACGUGUAAUUGUACCUCACGAUUUAAUGGAACUACAUGCACUGAAUGUAUGUACGGAUAUCAUGGGACAAACUGCGAUGAACUCUGUUCCGUAGGCUGCGAAAAAAGACAAUGUAAUAAAGAUGGCACUUGUUCCUGUCGAGAUUACUUUGAAGGAACAACAUGUGAUACAUGUUCGAAUGGACGAUACGGUGAUUAUUGCGAUCAAAUGUGCAGUGUCGGUUGUAACGAAGCAAUGGAUUGUUACAGAAAAAACGGCUCCUGUGAAUGUCUUCCUAAUUUUACUGGGGCUAAAUGUGAAAAAUGCACAGACGGUCUUUACGGACAAUCAUGUGACUUACAUUGCCCGUAUAAUUGCAAAGGGGGCUCUUGCUCACGAUAUGAAGGGAAAUGCACACUUGGUUGUGUUGAUGGUUAUUCGGGUGACAAUUGCACAAACCCUUGUGACAAUACAUGCGCAACAUGUCUACAAAAUGAUACAACACACUGCGAGUCUUGCAACAAUGGCUACACUGGAACAACAUGCCAAUGUCCUCCUAACUGCAACUGUUCGACUGGAUUUGAAAUUUGUAUUUCUUGUACAAAUGGGUAUGCUAAUUCUGAAAAACAAUGCACGUGUCAAUCGAAAUAUUGCAUCGGGAGUGAAUGUGAUCAAUGUAGUGACCAGACGUUUUAUGUUGAUAACAAUGCGUGCUGUCCAUGUCCAAAAAAUUGCAGAAAUGAUGUCUGCAAGAAUGGACCCGAGUGUAUAUCCGGUUGUAUGGACGGCUUUUACGGUCUCAAUUGUUCUAGAAACUGUUCGUUCCUCAGUGCUGAGUGUCUACAAUGUAACCAGACGGAUGGAAAGUGCUCGUUGUGCAGUAAGGGAUAUUCCCUACAUGAAAAUGGCAGUUGCAAUGGCUGCCCAAAAAAUCUCUACGGAUAUUUAUGUGAUACAAAAUGUCCUGAAAACUGUCAGCAAGAUAAAAACGAUACGAGUUGUAACAACGAAGGUAAAUGUAUAUAUGGAUGCGUUGAUGGCUACAAAGGGGAUGACUGCACAGAGAGCGAUAAAUCAGUUAAUGUAGCUGCCGAGUCACCAGUAGGAUAUAUUGUGGGGGUAAUGACCGUUGUAGUCAUCAUCGGUGUGGUUGUUACGGUCUUCUUUCUGCGUCGAAGAUUAGCUCGCCUGUCUCCUUCACACACAAACGGAAGCAUGAAUACAACUGUCAAAGCUGACGUUAUUGUCGAAAACUAGAACAAUUCAAACGAAGGGAAUGAGCGCAACAACCGAGAUUCCAUCGAUUCUAAUCAACGGCAUCAGGCAAGCACGUCUUCUUCAGUAAAUCAACCAACAUCAAUAUGCGAGAUUGAUCUGGAAUUUGGUAA